GCGAGACUUAGCCAAAGAGACGACAGGCAGAGAGAGAGAGAGAGAGAGAGGAGGAAAUUGAAGAAAAUCACAUAAACUAUACAUUUGGAAUUUUCCGUGUCUUAAAACAAAACAGAACAUGAGAAGGUGUUCUUCAGUGAGAGGUAGAGCUGCUUUGUUAGCCUGUCUGUCUCGGUCCAAUCAGAGUUCCCAGACCACCUCUCCACCAGGUCUAUCAGACUGCUGGGAAUGACUGCGCAUUCACAACCUCACCAGGAGUGGGCGCUGGAGGACGACGCCCACAUCAACCACACAGCCAGGAGCAUCUUCCUACCUUUAGCUAGGAGAGCCUUUCUUCCUACCUUUUAGCUAGGAUAGUCUACUUUGUUUGUGUGAGCCUGUGAGUCCAGUCCUGGGUUGAGAUACAGCUUUGUUGCUGGUGAUUGGAGAAGAGAGGGUGAGAUUCCCAAAUCCAGACCACCAGGAGCGGAGAGACCGUGAAGACGGCUGCCCGAUCCGGAUCAGUUCACCAGAUCUUUACUCUCACUAUUGCUGGCUUAAUUAGUAGUUAUCAGCUCAACCGUUGAGGUCCAUAGGCUAAAUGUAAAUGAUAUGCAGACACACUUUCAGGACUUCCCUCUGCUCAGUGUGAGGUGCUCUGUUCCCCUCCACGCCCCCUGCCGGUCUGGUGGAUGUUUUGGCGGCUCUGAGGACUGCAUGGCAGUGGAGUGAUCGUGGAGAGACCAGGGUACCACAAACUUAUGGACUUUGACAAGAGAGGAGGAGGAGGAAAGGGGGAGGCAGAGGAAGGGAAGAGGAUGUCAAAGUCUGGAGGGAGCCGGUCGGGGCAUAGCAGUCGCAGCUCGGGGAGCAACUCCGGGGUGCUCAUGGUGGGCCCUAACUUCCGGGUCGGGAAGAAGAUCGGCUGUGGGAACUUCGGAGAGCUUCGCCUGGGGAAGAACCUGUACACUAAUGAAUAUGUGGCCAUCAAACUGGAGCCCAUCAAGUCCCGGGCCCCACAGCUCCACCUGGAGUACAGGUUCUAUAAACAGCUGGGGAGUUCAGAGGGCGUCCCCCAGGUAUUCUACUUCGGGCCCUGUGGGAAGUAUAAUGCCAUGGUUCUGGAGCUGCUGGGACCCAGUCUGGAAGACCUGUUUGAUUUGUGUGACAGAACCUUCUCCCUCAAGACUGUCCUCAUGAUCGCCAUUCAGCUGAUCACGCGGAUGGAGUUUGUCCACACCAGGAGUCUGAUCUACCGGGACGUGAAGCCAGAGAACUUCCUGGUUGGCCGGCCCGGCAGCAAGCGGCAGCACACCAUCCACAUCAUCGACUUCGGCCUGGCCAAAGAGUACAUCGACCCUGAGACCAAGAAACACAUCCCUUACAGGGAGCACAAGAGCCUGACGGGCACCGCACGUUACAUGAGCGUCAAUACUCACCUGGGCAAAGAACAAAGCAGGAGAGAUGACCUGGAAGCUCUAGGUCACAUGUUCAUGUACUUCCUGCGAGGCAGUCUGCCCUGGCAAGGCCUGAAGGCAGACACUCUGAAGGAGCGAUAUCAGAAGAUAGGUGACACCAAGAGAACCACGCCCAUCGAGGUGCUGUGUGAGAGCUUCCCAGAGAUGGCCACCUACCUGCGUUAUGUGGGUUCUCUGGACUUCUUGGAGAAGCCGGACUACGACUACUUACGGAAACUCUUCACCGACCUCUUCGAUAGCAACGGCUACGUCUUUGAUUACGAGUACGACUGGGUCGGCAAGCCACUGCCUACUCCCAUUGGUCCAGUCCCCAGUGAGACCCUCCUACAGUCCAGCAGUAGAGACAAGGCAACGCAGCAGACCAAAAACCAGUCGCCAGAACCCAAAGGAAGUGAGUCCCAGCCCACUCCAGUGACCAAUAGGGAGCUGCUGGGGUCUCAUCUAACAGCUGAUAGGCUGGGGGGCUCCGUCCAGGUGAUGAGUUCGACCAAUGGGGAGCUGAAUACAGACGAUCCGACUGCGGGCCACUCCAACGCCCCCAUCACCGCCCCGGCCGAGGUGGAGGUGGCCGAUGACACAAAGUGCUGCUGUUUCUUUAAGAGGAGGACGAGGCAAGGCCUCCAGAGACACUAGUGAAGGGGAGAGGCCUCCAGAGACACUAGUGAACGGGAGAGGCCUCCAGAGACACUAGUGAACGGGAGAGGCCUCCAGAGACACUAGUGAAGGGGAGAGGCCUCCAGAGACACUAGUGAAGGGGAGAGGCCUCCAGAGACACUAGUGAAGGGGAGAGGCCUCCAGAGACACUAGUGAAGGGGAGAGGCCUCCAGAGACACUAGUGAAGGGGAGAGGCCUCCAGAGACACUAGUGAAGGGGAGAGGCCUCCAGAGACACUAGUGAAGGGGAGAGGCCUCCAGAGACACUAGUGAAGGGGAGAGGCCUCCAGAGACACUAGUGAAGGGGAGAGGCCUCAAGGCGACACUAGUGAAGGGGAGAGGCCUCCAGAGACACUGGUGAAGGGGAGAGGCCUCCAGAGACACUAGUGAAGGGGAGAGGCCUCCAGAGACACUAGUGAAGGGGAGAGGCCUCCAGAGACACUGGUGAAGGGGAGAGGCCUCCAGAGACACUAGUGAAGGGGAGAGGCCUCCAGAGACACUAGUGAAGGGGAGAGGCCUCCAGAGACACUAGUGAAGGGGAGAGGCCUCCAGAGACACUAGUGAAGGGGAGAGGCCUCCAGAGACACUAGUGAAGGGGAGAGGCCUCCAGAGACACUAGUGAAGGGGAGAGGCCUCCAGAGACAGUAGUGAAGGGGAGAGGCCUCCAGAGACACUAGUGAAGGGGAGAGGCCUCCAGAGACACUAGUGAAGGGGAGAGGCCUCCGGAGACACUAGUGAACGGGAGAGGCCUCCAGAGACACUAGUGAAGGGGAGAGGAACAGCACAGACUGACUAAUGGGAGGAAAGCAGUGCUGAAAUUGAGCCGUGUACUCUACACCCUGCUGUCUCUCUCUUUGUACAGUUAGAGCGCUCCCUGUUGACCCUCCUGCAGUACUACAACGCAGACUAACGUUAAGAUGACCUGCCUUGCACAGACAGACAGGCAGACAGACAGGCAGGACCCAACGGGCCAGAACCAUGAUUGUCUGUGUGCUUGGAGCUGAGAAGAGGAGCAGAAGGAAUUCGUGUUUAUUUUUCUAUAAUGGAUGGAUGGAUGGAUGGAUGGAUGGCGUGGCGGAAAGAUGACCCUCAUAACGGACUGAUGAAUGAAAAAAUGGAUGGAUGGAUGGAGAGAGACAGAAAAGACCUGUGAGAUUAUUGAAGGACAGAAAGACUGUUGGAAACUGUGUUCCAUAUGAACGUUCUGAACUGGAGGACAGAGAAACUGUGUUCCAUAUGAACGUUCUGAACUGGAGGACAGAGAAACUGUGUUCCAUAUGAACGUUCUGAACUGGAGGACAGAGAAACUGUGUUCCAUAUGAACGUUCUGAACUGGAGGACAGAGAAACUGUGUUCCAUAUGAACGUUCUGAACUGGAGGACAGAGAAACUGUGUUCCAUAUGAACGUUCUGAACUGGAGGACAGAGAAACUGUGUUCCAUAUGAACGUUCUGAACUGGAGGACAGAGAAACUGUGUUCCAUAUGAACGUUCUGAACUGGAGGACAGAGAAACUGUGUUCCAUAUGAACGUUCUGAACUGGAGGACAGAGAAACUGUGUUCCAUAUGAACGUUCUAAACUGGAGGACAGAGAAACUGUGUUCCAUAUGAACGUUCUGAACUGGAGGACAGAGAAACUGUGUUCCAUAUGAACGUUCUGAACUGGAGGACAGAGAAACUGUGUUCCAUAUGAACGUUCUGAACUGGAGGACAGAGAAACUGUGUUCCAUAUGAACGUUCUGAACUGGAGGACAGAGAAACUGUGUUCCAUAUGAACGUUCUAAACUGGAGGACAGAGAAACUGUGUUCCAUAUGAACGUUCUGAACUGGAGGACAGAGAAACUGUGUUCCAUAUGAACGUUCUGCCCUGGAGGACAGAGAAACUGUGUUCCAUAUGAAUGUUCUGAACUGGAGGACAGAGAAACUGUGUUCCAUAUGAACGUUCUGCCCUGGAGGACAGAGAAACUGUGUUCCAUAUGAACGUUCUGAACUGGAGGACAGAGAAACAGACGACUGGAACACACGAAGAGUGAUACAUGCUCCAUUUACCAAGUCGUUUCUGAUCACAGCUCCAGUAUAACAGAAAUAGUGAAAUGUGUGUACACCAGAACCAGAAGAAACAUUACCAUGAAUACUGCUUCCUUCCUUUUGUAUUUUAAAAUGUAUUGAACACUGGAACUUCAUUAGAGCAUCUUCAGGAAACAUAUUUUUUCUUUAUUUCAUAUGGAUGGAUGGAUGGAUGGAUGGAUGGAUGGACAUGGAUGGAUGGACAUGGAUGGAUGGACAUGGAUGGAUGGACAUGGAUGGAUGGAUGGACAUGGAUGGCUGGACAUGGAUGGACCUGGAUGGAUGGAUGGGGAUGGAUGGAUGGGGAUGGAUGGAUGGACAUGGAUGGAUGGAUGGACAUGGAUGGAUGGAUGGACAUGGAUGGAUGGACAUGGAUGGAUGGAUGGAUGGAUCGAUGGAUGGAUGGGGAUGGAUGGACAUGGAUGGAUGGAUGGAUGGAUGGACAUGGAUGGAUGGAUGGAUGGACAUGGAUUGAUGGAUGGACAUGGAUGGAUCGAUGGAUGGAUGGAUGAACAUGGAUGGAUCGAUGGAUGGAUGGGGAUGGAUGGACAUGGAUGGAUGGAUGGAUGGACAUGGAUGGAAGGAUGGACAUGGAUGGAAGGAUGGACAUGGAUGGAUGGAUGGACAUGGAUGGAUGGAUGGACAUGGAUGGAUGGAUGGAUGGACAUGGAUGAUGGGGAUGGAUGGAUGGACAUGGAUGGAUGGAUGGGGAUGGAUGGAUGGACAUGGAUGGGUGGAUGGACAUGGAUGGAUGGAUGGACAUGGAUGGAAGGAUGGACAUGGAUGGGUGGACAUGGAUGGCUGGACAUGGAUGGAUGGAUGGAUGGAUGGGGAUGGAUGGCUGGACAUGGAUGGAUGGAUGGGGAUGGACAUGGAUGGGUGGACAUGGAUGGAUGGGUGGACAUGGAUGGAUGGGUGGACAUGGAUGGAUGGACAUGGAUGGAUGGACAUGGAUGGAUGGACAUGGAAGGAUGGAUGGAUAUGGAUGGAUGGAUGGGUGGACAUGGAAGGAUGGGUGGACAAGGAUGGAUGGAAGGAUGGAUGUAUAUGAAUGGCUGGACAUGGAAGGAUGGCUGGACAUGGAUGGAUGGACAUGGAUGGAUGGACAUGGAUGGAUGGACAUGGAUGGAUGGAUGGAUGGACAUGGAUGAUAUGGAUGGAUGGACAUGGAUGGGUGGAUGGAAGGAUGGACAUGGAUGGAUGGAUGGACAUGGAUGGAUGGACAUGGAUGGAUGGACAUGGAUGGAUGGAUGGAUGGGGCUGGACAUGGAUGGAUGGAUGGACAUGGAUGGAUGGAUGGAUGGACAUGGAUGGGUGGACAUGGAUGGGUGGACAUGGAUGGACAUGGAUGGAUGGAUGGGUGGACAUGGAUGGAUGGGUGGACAUGGAUGGAUGGGUGGACAUGGAUGGGUGGAUGGGUGGACAUGGAUGGGUGGAUGGGUGGACAUGGAUUGACAUGGAAGGAUGGGUGGACAUGGAUGGACAUGGAAGGAUGGGUGGACAUGGAUGGACAUGGAUGGAUGGAUGGGGAUGGAUGGAUGGACAUAAAUUGAUAUGGAUGGCUGGACAUGGAAGGAUGGCUGGACAUGGAUGGAUGGACAUGGAUGGAUGGACAUGGAUGGAUGGGGAUGGAUGGAUGGAAGGAUGGAUGGAUGGACAUAAAUUGAUAUGGAUGGCUGGACAUGGGUGGAUGGAUGGCUGGACAUGGAUGGAUGGUGAUGGAAGGAUGGACAUGGAUGGAUGGAUGGAUGGAAGGAUGGCCUUGACAUGGAUGGAUGGAUGGAUGGACAUGGAUGGAUGGCUGGACAUGGAUGGAAGGAUGGAUAUGGAUGGAUGGACAUAAAUGGAUAUGGAUGGAUGGAUGGACAUGGAUGGAUGGAUGGAUGGACAUGGACAUGGAUGGAUGGAUGGACAUGGAUGGAUGGAUGGAUAUGGAUGAUGGAUGGAUGGACAUGGAUGGAUGGAUGGAUGGAUAUGGAAGGAUGGACAUGGAUGGAUGGAUGGAUGGAUGGACAUGGAUGGAUGGAUGGAUGGAUGGAUGGAUAUGGAUGGAUGGACAUGGAUGGAUGGAUGGAUGGAUGGAUGGACAUGGAUGGAUGGACAUGGAUGGAUGGAUGGACAUAAAUGGAUAUGGAAGGAUGGACAUGGAUGGAUGGAUGGAUGGACAUAAAUGGAUAUGGAUGGAUGGACAUGGAUGGAUGGAUGGAUGGAUGGAUAGACAUGGAUGGAUGGACAUAAAUGGAUAUGGAUGGAUGGAUGGAUGGAUGGACAUAAAUGGAUAUGGAAGGAUGGAUGGAUGGAUGGACAUAAAUGGAUAUGGAAGGAUGGACAUGGAUGGAUGGACAUGGAUGGAUGGAUGGACAUGGCUGGAUGGAUGGAUAUGGAUGGAUGGAUGGCUGGACAUGGAUGAAUGGUGAUGGAUGGGGAUGGAAGGAUGGCCUUGACAUUGAUGGAUGGAAGGAUGGACAUGGCUGAAUGGAUGGAUGGGGAUGGAUGGACAUGGCUAGAUGGAUGGAUGGGGAUGGAUGGAUGGCUGGGGAUGGAUGGACAUGGCUAGAAUGAUCGAUGGAUGGAUAGAUGGGGAUGGUUGGAUGGGUGGAUGGAUGGAUGGAUGGAUGCACAUGGCUGGAUGGAUGGAUGGAUGGAUGGAUGGAUGCACAUGGCUGGAUGGAUGGAUGGAUGGAUGGAUGCACAUGGCUGGAUGGAUGGAUGGAUGGAUGGAUGGAUGGAUGGAUGGAUGGAUGGAUGGAUAUGAAUGGAUGGAUGGAUGGACAUGGAUGGAUGGAUGGAUGGAUGGAUAUGGAUGGACAUGGAUGGAUGGAUGGAUGGAUGGAUAUGGAUGGAUGGAUGGAUGCACAUGGAUGGAUGGAUGGAUGGAUGGAUAUGGAUGGAUGGAUGGAUGGAUGGAUGGACAUGGCUGGAUGGAUGGAUGGAUGGACAUGGAUGGAUGGAUGGAUGGAUGGACAUGGAUGGAUGGAUGGACAUGGAUGGAUGGAUGGAUGGAUGGAUGGAUGCACAUGGCUGGAUGGACAUGGAUGGACAUGGAUGGAUAUGGAUGGAUGGAUGGAUGGAUGGACAUGGAUGGAUGGAUGGAUGGAUGGACAUGGAUGGAUGGAUAUGGAUGGAUGGAUGCACAUGGAUGAAUGGAUGGACAUGGAUGGAUGGAUGGAUGGAUGGACAUGGAUGGAUAUGGAUGGAUGGAUGGAUGGAUAUGGAUGGAUGGAUGGAUGGAUGGAUGGAUGGACAUGGAUGGAUGGAUGGAUGGAUGGAUGGACAUGGAUGGAUGGAUAUGGAUGGAUGGACAUGGAUGGAUGGAUGGAUGGAUGGAUGGAUGGAUGGAUAUGGAUGGAUGGAUGGAUGGACAUGGAUGGAUAUGGAUGGAUGGAUGGAUGGAUGGAUGGACAUGGAUGGAUGGAUGGAUGGACAUGGAUGGAUGGAUGGAUGGAUGGACAUGGAUGGAUGGAUGGAUAUGGAUGGAUGGAUGGAUGGAUGGAUGGAUGGACAUGGCUGGAUGGAUGGACAUGGCUGGAUGGAUGGAUGGAUGGAUGGAUGGAUGGACAUGGAUGGAUGGAUGGACAUGGAUGGAUGGAUGGAUGGACAUGGCUGGAUGGAUGGACAUGGAUGGAUGGAUGGAUGGAUGGACAUGGCUGGAUGGAUGGUGACGGACAGUGGCUGCUCUCAGGUAUUGUGGCGUGCGGGAGAGAUAGCAGGAUGAAGAUAAACAAAUAUUUAAUCUCUUUAAAAUUGCACUUUAGAGGGGAAAAAGUACAUGGAAUUCUGGGAUUAAAGUUUAACAUCGACAAACAGAAAUAAAGGCAGUUGUAGGAUCAUUUCUACACCCGGUAGAUGUAGGAUCAUUUCUACACCCGGCAGAUGUAGGAUCACUUCUACACCCGGCAGGUGUAGGAUCACUUCUACACCCGGUAGAUGUAGGAUCACUUCUACACCCGGCAGAUGUAGGAUCAUUUCUACACCCGGCAGAUGUAGGAUCACUUCUACACCCGGCAGAUGUAGGAUCACUUCUACACCCGGCAGAUGUAGGAUCAUUUCUACACCCGGCAGAUGUAGGAUCACUUCUACACCCGGCAGAUGUAGGAUCACUUCUACACCCGGCAGAUGUAGGAUCACUUCUACACCCGGCAGAUGUAGGAUCACUUCUACACCCGGCAGAUGUCUGAAAGCAGUGAACCAGUACGGUUUUAUAACUACAGGUAGCCUCUAUAAAACCUGUGUGACCCAAAUGGCACCCUACAGCCAAUAUGUUGCCCUAAUGACCUAAAUCAUACAGGUCCUGGUCAAAAAGUAGUUCACUAAAAGGUAAAUGGGUGCUGUUUGGGACAAGCCCCAAGUGUCAAUGGGUUUUAAUGUUGCUGGUCCAAGUCAGUCACUUGGAAGUCAUCAUUUGUGCCAUUUUUUUAAAUUUUAUUUUAUUUUUUACGAUUGUCUCAUUUUGAAAUGUGAAACAUGUUUUAGGCUUGCAUAUCGUUUUGUAAAUGUUCUUUUAAUUGAUGAGCAUUCUCAACCUGUUAAUCUCUGGUGACUCACAGACAUGAAAUGUGUAUAUUUUUAGUUUAUUUUAAAUGUAGAGUUGAGACCCACUGUCACAGUAGGGUGCCAUUUGUGACAUGGUCAUCGUCGUGUCACAACGGCUAACGUUACCUGUCAUAACCUGUUGUCAAAUCAAAUGUUAUUGGUCACAUACACAUGGGUUAGCAGAUGUUAUUGGUCACAUACACAUGGGUUAGCAGAUGUGAUUGGUCACAUACACAUGGUUAGCAGAUGUUAUUGGUCACAUACACAUGGGUUAGCAGAUGUGAUUGGUCACAUACACAUGGGUUAGCAGAUGUUAUUGGUCACAUACACAUGGUUAGCAGAUGUUAAUGGUCACAUGGUUAGCAGAUGUUAUUGGUCACAUACACAUGGGUUAGCAGAUGUUAUUGGUCACAUACACAUGGUUAGCAGAUGUUAUUGGUCACAUACACAUGGUUAGCAGAUGUGAUUGGUCACAUACACAUGGGUUAGCAGAUGUUAUUGGUCACAUACACAUGGGUUAGCAGAUGUUAUUGGUCACAUACACAUGGGUUAGCAGAUGUUAUUGGUCACAUACACAUGGUUAGCAGAUGUUAUUGGUCACAUACACAUGGGUUAGCAGAUGUUAUUGGUCACAUACACAUGGGUUAGCAGAUGUUAUUGGUCACAUACACAUGGGUUAGCAGAUGUUAUUGGUCACAUACACAUGGGUUAGCAGAUGUGAUUGGUCACAUACACAUGGGUUAGCAGAUGUUAUUGGUCACAUACACAUGGUUAGCAGAUGUUAAUGGUCACAUGGUUAGCAGAUGUUAUUGGUCACAUACACAUGGGUUAGCAGAUGUUAUUGGUCACAUACACAUGGUUAGCAGAUGUUAUUGGUCACAUACACAUGGUUAGCAGAUGUGAUUGGUCACAUACACAUGGGUUAGCAGAUGUUAUUGGUCACAUACACAUGGGUUAGCAGAUGUUAUUGGUCACAUACACAUGGGUUAGCAGAUGUUAUUGGUCACAUACACAUGGGUUAGCAGAUGUUAUUGGUCACAUACACAUGGGUUAGCAGAUGUUAUUGGUCACAUACACAUGGGUUAGCAGAUGUUAUUGGUCACAUACACAUGGGUUAGCAGAUGUGAUUGGUCACAUACACAUGGUUAGCAGAUGUGAUUGGUCACAUACACAUGGGUUAGCAGAUGUGAUUGGUCACAUACACAUGGGUUAGCAGAUGUGAUUGGUCACAUACACAUGGGUUAGCAGAUGUGAUUGGUCACAUACACAUGGGUUAGCAGAUGUGAUUGGUCACAUACACAUGGGUUAGCAGAUGUGAUUGGUCACAUACACAUGGGUUAGCAGAUGUUAUUGGUCACACACAUGGUUAACAGAUGUUAUUGGUCACAUACACAUGAGUUAGCAGAUGUUAUUGGUCACAUACACAUGGGUUAGCAGAUGUUAUUGGUCACAUACACAUGGGUUAGCAGAUGUUAUUGGUCACAUACACAUGGGUUAGCAGAUGUUAUUGGUCACAUACACAUGGUUAGCAGAUGUUAUUGGUCACAUACACAUGGGUUAGCAGAUGUUAUUGGUCACAUACACAUGGGUUAGCAGAUGUUAUUGGUCACAUACACAUGGGUUAGCAGAUGUUAGUGCGACUGUAGCGAAAUGCUUUGUGCUUCUGGUUCCGACAGUGCAGUAAUAUCUAACAAGCAAUCUAACAAAUUCACAACAACUACCGUAUACACACACAUCUAAAGGGGUGAAUGAGAAUAUACACAUAGAAGUAUAUGGAUGAGUGAUGGCGAAGGUGCAAUAGAUGGUAUACAAUACAGUAUAUACAUGUAAUAUAAGAUAUGUAAACAUUAUUAAAGUGGCAUUAUUUAAAGUGA